GUGACUUCCGUUUUACUUUUAUUUUUGACAGAUGUGUGAGGCUACACCUUAUUGAAUAUGGCGACAGAGUCUGAUGGUAAAAUGCAGGAUGAUAGUGAUGAUGAUACUGUAAGUGGGAUUUACUAUGAUGCUAUAUCUACAACCUCAGCACUAGACUUGACCGAUGACUCUACUGAACCUGAUUCUCCCUGGAAUGUGGAAGGCGUGACUGUCAGUGAUCAUAUACAAAGGGACUUCUUCGAAGCAUCUGUUGAGACAGUCAAAGAAGAAACUGAUUUGGAAGGUUUAAUAGAAUUAAAGAUUACAGAUGAGGACUUAGAGGAAGCACUCAAACAGUCAGAUUCACCUGAACAGUCAAAUAUAGUUAAACAGUCAGAUUACGCUAAUGAAACUGAGCAGUCAGACUAUAUUAAACAACAGUCAGAUUCAAAACUUCUUACGGAACAGUCAAAUGUAGUUAAGAAGCCAGAUUACACUAAUGUUGCUGAACAGUCAGACUUAGUUAAGCAACAGUCAGAUUCAGUCAGAAGUAAAAAAAAUUCAUUUGGUCAGGUUGGUGCAAAAGAACAAACUAGUAAAGUAAGCGUGAAAGAAUUGAGUAAAAAGUUUAAAGUUGAAGAGGAAACAGGUGGUACCUACUGUUUAGCAAAGCCUCUAAAAUUAGACUCAGACCAAUAUUGUUUGGCUAAACCAGUGACUGAGGACCCUGAAGUAGAAGGCUACAUAAAGGCAAACAAAGUAAACAAAUCUUUCGUACGAAAACCAGCUAAAUACAAAUAUGACCCACCGUGGAAUAGUGAGUUUCCCAUGGUUAUGGUUCCUGGGAAGGUAGAUCAGGGCGAACAAAAAACUUUUCAAAAGAAAACUGAAUUAGUUCAAGGAGACGAACAAAAUGAAGUGUUAACAGAAGUGAAAUCUGACUUAGUUACAAGUGGUGAAUUAGGGGAAAGUGGAAAGUACAAUCAUUUAUUUGAAGGAUCUGUAUCAGAAGAGCCAGAAAUGAGUAAUUUGUAUGGUAUUUAUACUACACCACCGGAAGAAACUGACCAACCACAAGAAGAAGAAGGUGUCCGUACUAGUUCAAAAGCCCAAUCAACACACAAAGACGUUCAGGAUACACAGUUAGUUCCAGCAUUACCAAUACUGAUAUCAUCUGGAGUCUAUUCUAAUGCCUAUGAAGGUAACUUCACCUCUAGUAUGCGUAGUUCAGCCACUAUACGUAGCCAGGAAAAUCCAUACGAAGAUGUCCAUAGUCGAGGGAGUGAUAUCGGCUGGAAUAGUUCUGAAUUUGAAAGUUCAGGGAGUGAUACUGACUUUGAGAAUGCUCCUGGACCAGAAGAUGCGAUAUUUGACAAGCCUUUACCACCAACACCAAAAGAACUGGCAAAAUUAACCCCUGAGAAAGUAAAAAAGAAAGAAGAAUCUGCUUCUUCCAGUGGAAGAAUUAGUCAGAUACUGCCAGUGAAGGUCAACCUAGAGAAGCAUCCCCCUCCUUGUCUCCCUCCUGCUCCAGAGAAGAUGGAAAAUCAUCAGAUAAAAAGAAGAUAUGCCAUACAGUCUCUGGUAGAUAGUGAAAAGUCUUUCAUAGAUACACUAAGGAGACUCUCUGAGGAAUACAAGGAUCCUCUACUGACUACAUAUGGGUUACAGGGUAGUGUUGUAGAUGUGAUACUAUGCAAAGCUGAACAAAUCUUAGAUAUACAUAAAAUGUUCCAGAUAGAGUUAGCUGAUAAGGUCAAAAAUUGGGACAAGGAAGAAGAAAUUGGAAAUACUUUCAUUGGAUUUUUUUCCAGAGAGAUGGUGAUAGAACUAUACAGUGGCUAUGUCAAUAACUUCUCUAGCGUUAUGGAAGAACUAAAAUCCUUACAAAGUACCAAACCUGCAUUGGCAAACUUUCUUACUGAAAAAGCCAUGAAGAGUCCAGACAGACUUCCACUAUUUGGAUUGUUGGUCAAACCAGUACAAAGAUUCCCACAAUUCAUCACUAUGAUGCAGGAUUUACUGAAGUAUACACCACAUCAACACCAUGACAGGUCUUCAUUACAGACAGCACUGACCGACCUUGAAAAUGUGGCUCACAAAUUAAAUGAGUCAAAACGUCUGGCAGAACAGAAGUUUCAGGCAAAGAAGGUGAUGAAAGAACUGAACAUCAAGAACCUCAAAACACUAAGAUUAUUGAGACAAGAUGACUUAGAUCAGAUCUGUGAAACUGCGAAUAAUAGAACAAAGGUCAGAAGAUUAUUCCUGACAGAUACUUAUCUUAUCUGUACCACUGUAACACAGAGGGAACAGGAUGGAAGACCAGUGGAUAGGAUAAGAUCGAAAUGGGCUAUACCUAUAUCAGAACUGGAACUAAAGGACAAUGCGAUAUCUCCUGAACUUUCUUGUUCUGUCAGGUCCAAUGGUGGCUUACUAAGUAUACAUACAAGAAAAGAGUCCAUUUACCAAGAAUCUGAUCCCCUGAACCUUCAGACUGACCUAGAUGAUAUGGUUUAUGAUUACCAUAUAUUAGGCCAGAUAUCAUCCUUAGUGUCUACUCUGAAAUGUGGCCAUGACAAUCUAUCUGAAGAAACGUGUUGUGAAGUUAUCAGUGAUCUACAGCGAAAGAUACAAGUUAAAAAUCAACAGUUACAGAUUAUCAAUAGCUGUACUGUUGUUGUUGAACAUACCAACGCUACGAAUAAUAAGAAAGAAAGAUAUACAUUCCAGACCGUUUCUCCAGAACUUAAACAAGAAUGGUCUACAGAUUUCUUACUGUCAAAGCUUGCUCUUGAUCCUAUCAACAAUCCAUCAUGGACAUCGUUAAGCACUGGAGAAGAUGUUACUAUGCAACCAGCUUUGUUUAUGAAACAUUUACCUGUAGAUAUGCCGAGAUAUUUUACUAAGAUGAAGUGUGCUAUUCCUGUGUAUCUAGCAUCACAUGGGUCUUCAGAUAUUGGCAUACAACAUUUAUGGGUUGUUAUGACAACAGACUUGAGGACACAGGUUGCACUUGUCUCAGUACAGAACACAAGGCCAUCAUUGGUGGAGUCCUUUCAAGCAUGCAGUGAGGAAGUUGUAGCAGUUGAAAUAGUUCCCGGUUAUGCUGUCAAGGAGAGUGGUGAUGCUUUCAUGGAAGAUACUGUCUGGAUGUCUACGGUUAAAAAAGAAGUGUUAAUAUUUAGUGUGUUCAAUGAACAAGGAUUACGAGAUCAGACAAAGUUGAAUCGUGUUCCAAAGAAAAAAUUUCACUGCCAUGGGAUAGGUCAACAGAUACAUUAUACAAUAGAGAGAGUAUUUAUAGGAACAGAUGAAGGGGUACUGGUCAUCUAUGACAGAAAUGAAGAAGGUGUAUGGAAUUUUGAAUCCCCCAAUGUCGUACAGUUGGCCUCCAGUCCUAUAAAUAGUAUCAUUACACUAGAUGAGGAGGUCUGGGUUGCAUGUGGACAGCACAUAUACAUUAUACCUGUUGAAGAAUCUUGUUAUUUGGAACAGAUAGAAAUGACUUGUAAAGAUGGUGGUGACAUUGCCCACAUGGUGAGAUCUGGAGUGGGACUAUGGAUAAGUCACAAAGGCAGCUCUUCCAUACAUCUUUAUCAUAUAGAGACAAAGAAACAAAUGCAGGAAAUCAAUGUGGCUCAGUCUGUUAACAUUCUAGUCCAAGCAAAUGCUGACGAGUCAUUAGGACAGGAAAGCAGUUGUGAAAUCACCAGUUUGAUGGUCAGUAAAGGGUUUCUCUGGGUUGGAACUAGUUCAGGUAUACUUUUGACAUUCCCGCUGCCACGCCUUAAAGAUGGAGUCCCAAUAAUAAGUGGCAGGCCUUUCGUGUCAUAUCAUGGCCAUAAUGGACCGGUGCAAUUUUUAAUUCCAAUUUAUUGUGGGACUGUAAAUUUGUGGCAUAAAGCCAGAGGACUGGAUUACAGUACUGUUGAUUUACGAAGACAAGUUAAUGUGGAAUCUGACAAGAAACCAUUGGCUGAUUUGAAGCAAUAUGAAUCAAAGCGCCAUUCCAGUAGUGAUCUGGAAAAAACAGUAUCACAAAUCUCAUUGGAAGGAGACUAUAUAAAAAUGACUCAUAAACCAACUCCACCUGAAAAACCUCCAAAAAGUUCAAAAACAGGGGACAAGACUUUAGGAGGCGUUAACAAGGAAAACAGAUUGUCAAGGUCAGCAGAUGAUAUAACAAAACUGUUGCCUUCCAAAACUGCUGAAGUGAGUUGCCAUAGAGGGAAAACAUUAAAAUACCCAACAAAAUUAGCCUCAAGACAAAAUAUAAUGAAAAAUUUAGAUCCUUCUAUUGGUACUGGUGAAGACGAUGUCAACGAAGUUUACAGAGACUUGAUGAGAAACGAAUCCAUGACAGCCCCGGUCAAACCAGUCAUUGAAAAACAAACCAGAUCAUCUAUGAGGAAACCUUCCUUCAACUCUUUUAAACUAGGAAGUUCCAAAAACAGGAACACCAAACAUGCUUCAGUCAGAGUGUCAACAGAUGAGCCUAAGUUACGUGCCCUUGAUACAUUAUCAAAAAGGGGAUGUAACUCUGUUAUGAUUGUAAUGGGAGGGGAUGGUUACAUUGAUUGGAGAAAAAAAUCUUCGUCGGCUUUUAAGAAUUUGGAAGCUGCCUUAAUAAUAUGGCUUUAUAAGUUUUGAUAAUAGAUACAAACUUUGCUUAGAAAAGGUUUAUUUUAGUAUUAUUUUUCAUAAAGAUUAGAGUUGAUUCUGGUUAUAAUGGUAUAAUCUAUAUCGAGUUCUAUGAAUUGUGAUUAUUCUCAAUAAAUACUGUCUGUUGU